AUGGCCGGUUCCCACAAGUCUUUGCUGAAGAUCGAGCCAAGCAAUGAGCUUGAUUUUUUCGGUAUUCUCUUUAUACUCUUUUUACAAAUUCUCAUAGGUCCCUUUGUGAAUGUCCAAUCUUCUGUCAUUAAGUUAACAAAUCCUUCUGAUGAUAGGAUUACAUUUAAAGUAAAGACCACGGUUCCAAAACGCUACUGCGUGCGUCCCAGCUGCGGCAUCGUUGAACCUUCAGAGACUGUUAAUGUAGCUGGUCUAGGUCCUGUUAGUGAAUCUUCUACUUGCACCUUAACCGUGCGCAACACGUCUCCAAGGGAUGUGGUUUUCAAAGUCAAGACAAACGCUCCCAAACGAUACGUUGUUACUCCCAAUGAGGAUGUUAUCAAGGCCCGUGAAGUGAGAAUUAUCAAAGUCUCGACUGUUGCUGGUGUUGAAUCAAAUGGUGAAUCGCGGGACCGAUUAGCUUUGUUGUCCGCAGUAGCUUCUGAUGAGAUGCCUCCUUCCCUCAACCAAUUUUGGCAGCUGGUAGACAAAGCUCGGGUUUCAGAAAAGUUCUUCAUAUGUACCUUCCCUAAUCAAGAACAGCCUACUACUACCGCACCAGCUAGCGCACUUGGUCAGCUUACUCAGGAGAUUGAGAAACUUCGCAAGGAAAAUGAGGAACUAAAGUGCCAGGCCGCUAUGAACAAACUGGGUCGCGAGAUUUCCUCCCAGCCAGUGGUAACUGCGGCAGCGCCAUCGGGUGCCCUGGAGACGCUGCGGAUGAACGUCCCACCGAUUAUUUACCUUCUCAUCACAUUCUUGUUUGCUCUCGCUCGGUUUGGUGUGUUAGUUUCUGUUCCUCCUAUGAAGCGGUCCUGGCCAGACAUCAACGAGUCCCCGCAUAACUACGGUGGGGACUGCUCUUGCCCCACUGCCCGUGUUAGCCCUAGAUGUCGUGUGCGGGCUGAAACCGUGCAGCACCUUGUAGAUCCUCCUUUGAAUCCGCCCCACCAUUGUGACUGCGACUUCGCUAUCAGUUUCGUCACCUCUUGCAUCGCUUACGCCGCCGUGGAAAGGCUGAUUGAUGGCGGGCCGUACGUCUGCUAUCCUCGCCCGUGCUGUAAUUGGUCCACGGGGAGCAUAAAUCGAUGUUAUGAGCAGAAGAAGCUGCAUCCAUGGAAACACCAGACGGUAGAGUUGUUGCCUACCUGCAGCUGGGCUGAAAGGCUGGUAGUCCAGCGGAAUAUUUGGAAGGUCAUAGCCAUGCCUAGAACCCCACGACUGCAGGGUGCAAAUCGGAACUGCGCAGACGAAAGAGCCCGUGCGGGUAGUUGUACAGGUUUAGCCCUACUACUUGUCGAGAAAUGGCAUCGAGGUUAUGACGAUCCCGUCCGUGGUGGUUUCUAUCCCACUACCACCGUGGCGGUCAUUUAUGUGAACCUUGAAAGCGCCCGAUUGCGGAUAAUCUGGUGGGAGGCGAGUCUUCCCAUGGGAAGGGUGAAUGUGCCUCCUCGUAAUCAUUGGCGCUGUCGGAAAGUUCUCACCUGCAGGUUGUUCCAUGGUGGUUCGGCCGGAAUGGCAAUUCCUUCCGCAUCGAAUGCUGAGGAGUGUUUGCAACACGCCAUUCCGCAUAAAAUGAUAUCAUCGCAGUCCCUCGGCCGCAAGCACCACUUCGACACAAAUGUCGACCUCACCCGCUGA